AUGGCAGAUCCAGGUGUUGACCAAGGUGCUCUGUCAGUCGUGCCUUGUCCGGAUUGCGGGAGGAACGUGCCGUCAGGGGGUGGAUGUGAUUUCUACAGGUGGGAGGAGGCCUACGCGGCCCAUGUCGCCACUCUUGGUCUUGGAGGAGCAACUCCUGUAGUUGGCCAAGUCGGGCCAGGGUCUACCAUGUUUACAACAUUUGACCUUGGACGCUUCAUUGUCCAGGUAGGCUUUUUUGUGACAUCUGUGACAGUGACAUACUUCCGGCUCCGUAAAUGGUAA